GCACAUACAACUAAGAAUAUUUCAUCAUUAUUGAAGACACAUGCUUAUCUUAUCACUGUCUGGAGAUUAUUUGUUCGCAUAUAAAUAAAUUGUAAGCCAUCGAAGCGCUAUAGUUAGUUCCGAGCUGUUAGUAAACGAUACUCGAGUGGACAUGGAAGUGGACCUCUUCUCAAGUGUCGCCAUUGGCUUCAUAAUUCUUCUGAUUUAUCACUAUGUCAGUCAGAAGUAUCAAUACUUCUUCUCCAAACCGAUUCCGUGCCUGAAGCCGAGCUUCCUCGUGGGCAACAUCGGCGCAACCAUAUUCCGAACCAAAGAUGCCCGCACCCACAUCUACGAUAUGUACAACACUUUCCCCGAGUCCAAGGUUAUCGGAUUCUACGAGUUAAUGAAACCAAUUUUCAUGCUGCGCGAUCCAGAAGUGAUCAAACAGAUCUGCGUGAAAGACUUCGACCACUUCAUGGACCGUUCGCUCCCGUCAGCUGAAGAUCGCAACGAACACGAACAACAAGUGGAGGGUCUAUUCGCGAACUCGAUCGUGGCGUUCCGGGGCCAGAAGUGGAAGGAUAUGCGAUCCACGUUGAGCCCGGCCUUUACCGGUAGCAAGAUACGGCACAUGUUUGAUCUGAUUUCCGAGUGCAGCCAAUCCAUGGUGGAGCACUUUCGAUCGGAAGCGAGCGCAGGCAAGCGACUGGAGUACGAACUAAAGGAAGUGUUUUCAAGGUUUUGUAAUGAUGUGAUCGCGACCGUUGCUUUCGGAAUCAAGGUGGACUCGCUGCGUGAUCCCGAAACAGAGUUCUACGUCAAGGGGAAGGAGUUGCUCGAUUUCCAAUCGGUGAUAAUCAUUGUAAAGUUUUUGCUGUUCCAAGCAGUGCCUUGGUUAAUGCGAAAGUUGAACGUAGACUUUGCAUCUGCAGAUCUGUCGAAUUACUUCAAGGGAAUCAUUAAGGACAACAUGAAACAACGUGAGGUUCACGGGAUCGUGCGGAACGACAUGAUUCAAAUUCUGAUGGAGGUUCGUAAGGGUACUCUGAAGCACACUAAUGACGAUCAGGGCACGAAAACUACAGGAUUUGCAACGGUUGAAGAAUCCCAGUUCGGAAAGUCUGCGCACUCCAGGGUCUGGACGGAAAGUGAGUUGUUAUCGCAGUGUUUUAUUUUCUUCAUAGCCGGACUGGACACCGUGUCGUCCUGUUUGACGUUUUUGACUUACGAACUGACGCUCAACCCGGAUAUUCAGCAGCGAUUGUACGAAGAAAUAACGGAAACGGAAGAAGGCCUUGCAGGGAAAUCGCUCAACUACGAAACAUUGAUUAACAUGAAGUACUUGGACAUGGUUGUGUCGGAAACUCUUCGCAAGUGGCCUCCGACUAUUGAUACGGAUCGGUACACGACCCGGGAUUACUUGUUGGACGACGGCGCCGGUUUAAAGGUACACAUUGAAAAAGGUCGAUCCAUCUACAUUCCGAUCGUGGCUAUCCACAACGACCCGAAAUACUUCCCGAACCCGGAGCAGUUCGAUCCGGAGCGUUUCAGUGAGGAGAACCGCGCGAAGAUCGUUCCCGGGACUUUUAUGCCGUUUGGGGCCGGGCCAAGAAACUGCAUUGGAUCCCGUUUGGCACUGAUGGAGGUUAAGAUGGCGGUGUAUUAUUUGCUGAAAGGGUUCAGCCUGGAACGGACGGAGAAGACCGAUGAUCCGAUACUGUUGACCAAGAAGGCGAUUGAUUUGCGGACGGAGAAUGGCGCUUGGGUGGAGUUCAGACCGCGGCGAGUUUAGUUUGUUGUAUUUUAAAUUAUAUUUGAUAGUUAACAUACCUUAAGAAGUAUUUCUGUGCCAAAAUUAUGUUUACCUGAAAAAGAAAAAAAAAGUAAAGUAUAAAUUUUAAGAUGUUUGAAUAAAGUAUCAAUGUUAUCAAUGUAA